AUGCAUAUAGUUGAUGAGGAGCAAGUAGAUGAGUCUGAACAAUCAAUUGAGAAAAAUCUGAAAGACCAUACAGGCAAUCCACAAGCUAAGAUUCCAAGCUACGCAAAAAUUUUGAGGGACAUGAUAUCAAAGAAAAGAAAGCUUCCAAAAUUUGAAACUGUGGCAUUGACAGGAGAGAGCAGUGUAAGACUACAAAAGAAACUACCUCCCAAACUCAAGGAUCCAGGGAGUCUCACUUUACCUAUCUCAAUUGGAGAAGCUGGUUCUUUUAAUGCUUUGUGUGAUACAAGGGCAAGUAUUAACUUAAUGCCUUUAUCUGUAUAUAGGAAAUUGGGAUUAGGGGAGGCAAAGGAAACAACGAUGUUAUUGGAGCUAGUCGAUACAAGCAUCAAACAUCCAAGAGGCAAGGUUGAGGAUGCACUCAUCAAAGCUGGCAAGUUAAUAUUUCCGACAGACUUCAUUGUUCUCGACAUAGAAGAAGACAGGAAUAUUCCAAUAAUCUUGGGGCGACCAUUCUUAGCAACUGGUCGAACCUUGAUUGAUAUGAAGAAAUGUGAGCUAAUCUUGAGAGUGGAUGAAGAAUAA